AACAGCAGUCUCUCCGGGAGGAAAAAACCAGGGAGCGACGUUCACGUCCUCAAUGCAAUUGGAUUUGGUGCGACUGGAACUUGUUUGUCUGUAUAACGACUUAUGAUUUUGAAUUAUACAAUGUCAGGGACAACCGCAACCUAAGCAUUGAGCUGGCGUUUCAUAAAGAUACUUCAAAAGCCACAAAGGAAUCCUUUUGGAAUUACCAGUGCUGACUGCAAACUGAUGAUACUGGCUUGUCAGGGGUUUUAUAUGAAGAAAAAUCAAACCACCAUGACUCAUCACUUGUGAGCUGAAGCCCAACUUUGACUUUGAAUACUGAGAAAUAUGCAAGCUAUCAAGAAAGAACCACCAUCCAGUGGCUCCUACAAUGGAGAGGACGACCUGGUCCUUGCAGUGGCUUUGCAGGGAGCGGACAGGGAACUGAUAAGCCCAAAGCUCUCCAACAUGUCCUACAAGGCCAAAAGCAGCACCUGCCGCAGGAAACGGGAGUUCAUCCCCGAGGAGAAGAAGGACAACUUGUACUGGGAGAGGAGGCGGAAAAACAACGAGGCGGCCAAGCGCUCGCGGGAGAAGCGCAGACUCAACGACAUGGUGCUGGAGAACAAGCUGAUGGCCCUGGGAGAGGAGAACGCCACCCUCAAAGCCGAGCUGCUGUCCCUCAAGCUCAAAUUCGGCCUGGUCAGCUCCUCGGCCUACGCCCAGGAGGUGCAGAAAAUCUCCAGCUCCACGGCGUCUCUGUACCAGGACUUCCUCUCGCCCGCUGCCAGCCAAGCCUCUUUCCCCCGGGAGCUGGGCAGCAGCUGCAUCUCGGUUAUCAAGCACUCGCCCCACAGCACUCUCUCUGACGCAUCCGAGACCUCCGCUGCAACUCAGGGCAGCCCCUUGGCCGGCAUGUGCAGAACCCCCGAGGUCAUCAAGCAGGAGCCAGUGGAGAUGGGCAGCUACACUAGGGAGGCCAGGGAGAGGAGCAGCCCGUAUGAACUCUACCGGAACUACUUGGCCAGCCCGUUCCCGGGAAACUACUCGCAACCUUCCCCCUUCUUACAGAUCACGAGGUCAUCCAGCAACUCUCCCAGAACCUCGGACGGGGACGAGGGGGCCAUAAGCAAGUCCUCGGAUGGGGAAGACGAGCAGCAGGUUCCGAAAGGCCCGAUGCCCUCUGCGCGGGACCCAAAGAGCGUCAUCGUCUCAACUGUUAAGGUGCCAGAGGCAAGCUCCUCGGCUCUGCCGCACAAACUCAGGAUCAAAGCCAGGGCCAUCCAGAUCAAAGUGGAGGCCAUCGAUCCCGAGUACGACUCCUCUGGGAAGCCACCCUCCCCCAUCGACAUGUCUGUGAAGGGCUGCUAUCAGGUGGCCAAACACGCUGCGUCUGAUUACAUACAGUCCUCCCUGAGCCCCCUGUCCCUCCAAGUGACUAACGUCCAGGACUGGACUCACCGGCCCGAGCACUGGCACAAGGACCACCCAGAGACGCUCCAGAACGGAUGCAAGAACCGCCUCUGCCCCGGCUCCCCAGGCCCGGUGACGAACAAACUCAUCGUCGACCUAAAGGACGGCUCUUACGCCGACACAGAGAACUUGUAUUUAAAGCGGGGCAUCGCUGACCUCUCGGCGGAAGUGGCCUCCUUGAAAAGACUGAUUACGACGCGGCAAGGGUCCGUCGUAGAGUCGGCCAAAACCACUACUGAUCACGACACGUUAUCGAAAGGAUGUUACUCAAAGUGAGUCCUUCAUGUUUGCGCAACGCCUGUUCGCUCCGCCGUGUUUGUUAUAGCACUGUACGGUCAAUAUGGUGUCAAAAUAAUGCAGUUCAUUUAAAUGGAUGGUGUGCUGUGCACUUAUUAAUGUAGUCGGCGUGUCUUAUUGAUUGCUCCAUCUCUAGUCCAGAAGCCAAAUGUCAGGCUACAUGCAAAAUAAAUGUAAAAAGUUUUCUCCAUUUUUUUGUGUAAAUUGUAAGGUUUUUUGUUUACAAUAAAUGUACG